AUGCUCCCUGUACAGGAGCGAGGUCGCCUGCAUCAUUGUUUUGGACGCUCACUGUUGGAUAUAUUGUUUGGUGUCUGCUGCCCUUCAGGGAAGCUUGCCGAAACCUUUGCGAAGGUGGUGGGUCACACUCCGCCGUUCCCCUUCUACUCAAGCAAGAUGGAUGCAGUGUAUCGCAAGGUCAUCCUCGGUGGCUACCGCUAUGACACAAGGGGGAUUGAACCACUGUUUCCGUUUGGCUAUGGCCUGAGGUGCACCGGGUUUCAGUUCAGCAACCUGGUGGUUGAGGUGAAGCACGAAGCUGCCCACAACAUCUCUGUAUCCGUGGCGCUGAAAGUGAAGGACACACGGAAGGGGACCGGCAAGGAGGUUAUGGGCCCUGCGAAGGGGAAAUAA